AGAGAGAGAGAGAGAGAGAAAGAGAGAGGAGAGGGAGAGGGGCACUGUAAAUGGCGGACCAACCUCGCAUCGACGAGGCUGGUGAGAACCCAUUAGCGGAACUCGAGCUCAUUCUGGAGUCCGAUCCACUCAUCGACGAAGUUGGAUUCAUUCACCCGACCCAGCUCGCGUCGCUGAACGAGGAGGGCACUGAUGGCCCGGGUCCCAAAAAUUUGAGGUUUUGGAGCAGGGACCGUAAGCUAGGAAUUUCGACCGAGGUAAUCCUGCCACUGUACAGAGAGGCAAAGCGUGCGUUUUUCGAUGCGGUCCGAGAUUAUAAGAUGCGGUGCAGCUCGUGCAGUGGUGGCGAGGAUGAAGGGACCGGAAGUGACGUGAUGAAGCAUGGCAAGGCUUUGUUGUUGGUGAGCUCUGAUUUCGGCACUGCUUGGAAUUCAAGAAAGCUAGUUGCAUCAAAGGAGGAGUCCUUCUCUACAUACAUGGAUGAACUACGCUUAUCAGAACUUAUCCUUUCUUAUUCUCCUAAAAGUGACCAAGCAUGGAGCCAUAGGCGUUGGGUGAUCAAGAGGAUUGCUGGACAAACUUCAUCUCUACUGGAGAUUGUUAUGAAAGAGUCUGAGCUAGUGGAGAAGAUAGCCGAGAGAUCAAAGAUGAAUUAUCGUGCCUGGAAUCAUCGGUGUUGGUUGGUUUCAUACAUGACAAGGGAACAAGUGUUAGAUGAGCUGAAGAAGUCCAAAACUUGGACUGGCCUGCAUGUUGCUGAUAGUUCAUCCUUUAAUUAUCGCAGACGGCUUUUGACGGGGAUCCUAGAGGACCUCUGCUGCAAGGAGGGAGUUGCAUCUCUUGAUUGCAGUUUUGAAGUUCGUCACUGUUGGAAGGAUGAGCUCGAUUGGGAUGAAAUUUUGAUAAAGAGAUAUGUUGGCAGAGAGGCUUUGUGGCUCUACCGUCGCUUUCUCUCCCUGUGCUGGAUAAGACAUUUCACUACUCAUGCCCAUUCUACUUCCUGCAAUUCCAAUUACAUUGCUGAACAGACCACGGACCCCAGCUUCUUCUUGGAUAAGGAGCUGGACCUUGUCAGCUCCUGUUUGGCUGUCCAAGAUGAUCACUUUGAUGAUUUCCAAGCGCAAGCACUGUAUUCCAGUAGUUAUAUCUUAUGGUUGGCGAAGCAAAUGCCCAGUCCUCUUGAGAUUGAACUGCGACAAAAACUGACAGCGAGGAAUAUGAAUGACUUGCUGAGUGAAUUUUGCCCCAAUAGCUCCUUCCUCUGUGGGUCUUCAGCAGAAGAUGCGGAAGGAACUCAAGCUGCGCAAGGGCAGCUAUAGUCAGAACCAUAAAUAUGGAACUCCAGUUCCUUAUCCCUUGCAUUUCGCGGAAGACGACAUCAGCAGAGGCAAACACAGUCAUUGGCUUUUUUCUAUUUAACCCUUCUGUUUGAUCUGCGCUUAUUUAUCUGAUGGAGAAGAUGGAAAUAUGGCAGCUACUGCUGCUUUCUCAGUAAGUUCCAUAAAUUAAUUCUGCUAUCAGGGUUUGGAUGCUCACAAGCCGCUCGUUUUUAAAGUGAAUUGGACAUAUUGUAGCUCUGUAUAAUGAAGCCAAUGGUUCUUCAAGCCAACGGGGGAUGAUGGGUGAGUGAUUACUUUAGCCGUUUGUUUUCAGUUUCCAUCAAUUUCGCCGAGCAAAUCAUAUGCUCGGGUAUAUCAAUGUAUUUCCGAGUUUGAAAUUGAGGUGCGGCUGUCGCAUUUACUUU